GGCCCCGCCCCCGGUGACGCGACGCUGGUCACCUGACCCCGCUGCGGGUGGAGGAGACACAAGGGAAGACGCCGCCGCCGCCGCCGGACCCGCCGCCUCCCCGGGCCCGCACCAUGCCUUCGGAGAAGACCUUCAAGCAGCGCCGCACCUUCGAGCAGCGAGUGGAAGACGUGCGGCUCAUCCGGGAGCAGCACCCCACCAAGAUCCCGGUGAUAAUAGAGCGGUACAAGGGCGAGAAGCAGCUGCCGGUCCUGGACAAAACCAAGUUCCUGGUGCCAGACCACGUGAACAUGAGCGAGCUCAUCAAGAUCAUCAGAAGGCGUCUUCAGCUCAACGCCAACCAGGCCUUCUUCCUCUUGGUGAAUGGCCACAGCAUGGUGAGCGUGUCCACGCCCAUCUCGGAGGUGUACGAGAGCGAGAAGGACCAGGACGGCUUCCUGUACAUGGUGUACGCCUCCCAGGAGACCUUCGGAACCAAGCUGUCUGUGUAGGACUGCAACAGCCGUCUCCAGGUUAAAGGGUUAAAAAAAAACACAACAAAAAACCCUGGUCGAGGAAGAGAAGGGGUAUUCCCCAUGCAAUUGGCCAGUCCACCUGCACAGACCCUGGAGCCACGGCCCCACCGGGCGGGGAGGCUCUUCCUGAGCUCCGGGGCACGCUCAGCUUUGGAGAACCCUGUGAUUUAACCCAGGCUUGUUUUGUUUUCAGAUCUUAGAAUUUUAAAAAUAAAAUACUUUGCAUCCCAAGUUGCCAAUAAAAUAGGCCUGCAUUCCAGUUAUUUGAGUGCUCCUCUCGUCCCCGCAGGCCCCCGCUGUCCCGGCUGCCUCUGGCUUUGCCCAGCGCAGGGCCAGGGACAAGAAGCUCGCCAACCUCAGGCCCAGCCCCUAAGAAACAGGCUCUGAACAUCCGAAAGGGGCCUUUCUCUGGGCUCACUUCCCCCUCACCCAGGGGGAGCGCUUCUCUGCUGGGCUACAGCCAUGGACGAUGCUAAGCGUGAAAAUGUGAUCCGAGCUUCUCACCUUUGUAAAGGCAACGGGGCCCGCUGUGCAGAGCCCAGGAGACGGCGGCAGGUCGGCCGGUGUCCUGCCGGGCAGGUGUGUCUGGAGCCCCACAGCUCGUGCUCUUACACUGCGGAUAUUUGCAGCCUGUUGUGUUCGUGUGUGUGCUGUAUCCAGUUCUUGUAUGUACUGUGUCAUCCAUAAGAGUCCCAUAAUAUUGCUUUAAAAACAUGUUGAUGGCAACCUCUAAACUAGUACAGUGCGAUGCACUGGGUGAAUAAAGACAUUCCCAACACGGCA